AUGAAUCUGCCAAAAAGACUGCUUAACUUCAAAAUCACAGGUCAAAUAGGUACAGGAAGCUAUGGCGAUGUUUUUUCUGCCGUAGAUAGCAUCACAGGCACAAAUGUUGCAAUCAAGAUGGUUAGAAAUACAGCCACAGGGAUGCGUUCAGACAUCGAGCCAUAUGUGCAGUCAUUGCUCAGCCAUAAAAACAUAUGCAGACUCUACGGGUGCUUCGGUAUAAAGAAUGCAUCCGUACUCGUAAUCGAGCUUGCUGACGGUCUUGACCUUUACAAGUUUCUUAGAAUACAUGGAAGGCUUGAUGAGAGACAUGCAAAGCAUCUUUUCAUUCAAAUGGUGCAUGCUGUUGACUAUCUGCACAGCCAUUCAAUUAUCCAUAGAGACCUGAAAUUGGAGAAUGUGAUUGUUGCCAACGGGACAAUCAAGAUAUGCGACUUUGGUCUUUCAUCGUUCUACAGCACAGAGUCGCUGCUGAGUGACUUCUGCGGAACCCCACAAUGUGCAGCACCAGAAAUCAUAAACGGCGUGCCAUAUAUUGGCCCAGAGGUGGACAUAUGGUGUCUAGGCAUGAUUCUCUAUGCAAUGGUGCAUGGAAAAUUGCCGUUCGAAGAGUAUGGCAGUAGGGCCAUCAAUACACAUAUCCUGAGCUCAAGGCUGAAGAUCGAUGAGUCAUUGUCGUAUGAGCUUAAAGACCUGAUAAAGCGAGCCAUACAGCCAAGCAGGUCAUUACGUAUAGCCAUGGAUCAAAUGAUGGAUCAUCCAUGGCUGGGCAUUAAGAAGAAAAAGUAUAAGAGAGGCAUCAUGUUUAUUGAUAAAAGCAUCAUUGAGAAAAUGAUUGCGAUAGGAUUUGAUAGAGAUCAUGUAUACAGGGCACUAGGCAACAGAGAGUCUAUAGAAACCUCAAUAUAUUGCUUGCUAAAACAAAAUCCAUUCACAUUUGACAGAAAAGCAAUGCAAAGCGAUGUACAGUUCCUAGGCAUCAUCAGAAUCGACACAUCACAAGGCCCAAAAUCCCUACAGGAGCAGGAGAUGCAUCAUGCAAGCAUUGAAAAAAACAAGAUUCUGUAUAGCAUGGUCUCAUCAAGGAGAGGGUGCAUUCCAUUUAUAUGGAGCACAAAGAUACAUGCUGUCGAAAGAGAUCUGAUCAUUGGCAUUGAACAAUCCAAAGCAUUAAUUGAGCAGGUCUUGCAGAAAUACAAGGCAAUUGCUCUCAAAGGGCAGUCAAAAUACACAAUCAGCCAUGAUGCAGGGCUUAAAAUAUCCAUCGAGAUUGCACAAGGUAUGCUAUUUACCAAAUGCAUUUUUCAGCUCAUUAAGGGCCCAAAGACCGAGUUCGUAAGCUUCAUCAUUGAUUUUAUUAGAGUUGCUGAUGAUACGUCUUGCUAUACCAGAUAG